GACUCAGAAGUAGAAAUUGACUAAUUUUUCUAUCUUCUGUCGCUGGCACUCGUGACUCCGGCGAGUCCACGGCCCUCACUUUGGAACCCACGACGAACCUUCCCUUUUCUUUCUCACUCGCCCCUUCCCUUUUAAUACUUAUUUUAUUCUCAGUGCUCUCUUUACCUGUUGCUAUUAAAAAAUUAUUUUUCUUCUGCCCCAGUUUGAUAAUACCAAACUCGAUGACGCAAGACGCGAUGAGGCUCGUUGUCCUCUUUAUGAUGAGAUAGGAGAUAGGGUUUGCUUUUCUCCCCUCAAUCUUUCGCGAAGUUACUCUAGAAGUUAAAAGAGACAGGGUUGCUUUGACAUUCUUCUUAUUUAGAGGUGGCUUUUUAGCCUUUCGAUUUAUCUUCUAAACUGUGGAAUGUUGCCGCCUUAUCUGUGGAUGGUGAAUAUCCAAAUUAUUUGCUUGAGAAAUCAAGUAUGAAUCAUCAGGAGGAGAGAUUUGUGAGGUUUCAGGAUUGGACUUCUGAACAGUCACUGAGUUCUGAUAUAUUAUAUUCUGGAAGGCGAAGAGAACUAUUUACUUCAAUGGCACAUGUCAUACAAAGAGCAGUCAGUUGGGGAUCAGGAAUGCUCAUGGAUAUUUUUCACUAUCAUUCUCCAGAAGACUCGAGCAUAAAGGGGCCAAAGUCUAAAAGCAAAGUACUCGAUCCCCAAGGCCCAUUUCUUCAAAAGUGGAAUAAAAUAUUUGUUCUGUCAUGUGUGAUGGCAGUGUCUGUGGAUCCCCUGUUCCUUUACAUACCAGUAGUCAAUCGUGACAACCAAUGUGUUGAUCUGGAUUAUAAGUUAGAAAAAACAGCAAGUGUGUUGCGGUCUUUCACAGAUAUCUUUUAUUUGCUCCAUAUCAUUUUUCAGUUUCGAACUGGUUUCAUUGCUCCUCCUUCUCGAGUGUUUGGAAGGGGAGUUUUGGUUAAAGACUGGUCAGCAAUAGCGAGACGAUAUUUAUCAUCUUACUUCUUUAUUGACAUUCUCGCUGUUUUGCCCCUACCUCAGAUUGUUGUUCUCAUCAUAAUACCAAGAUUGAAAGGGUCGACUCAUCCGGAUGCAAAAAACUUGCUGAUGCUUAUUGUUGUACUCCAAUACAUUCCCAGACUAGUCAGAAUCAUACCGCUGUAUCUGGAAGUCACAAACUCUGCCGGAAUAAUCACUGAGACAGCAUGGGCUGGGGCUGCCUUCAAUCUCUUACUUUACAUGCUUGCAAGUCAUGUACUUGGAGCAUUCUGGUACUUUCUUUCUAUCGAACGAGAAUAUGCAUGUUGGACACAAACAUGUGUUGAUACCAAUUGCUCAAGCACCUCCUGGUACUGUGGAAAAGUUCCAGUUCAAGUUAAUAAGAUUGUAUCUGCACAUUGCAAGAUAGAUAAAGACAAUGAAAACUUCAACUUUGGCAUGUACCUUUCAGCUCUUGGAGAUGUUGUUCAGUCGUGGAAUUUCUGGCCGAAGUUAUUUUACUGUCUUUGGUGGGGAUUACAAAAUCUGAGUUCUCUUGGCCAAAAUCUGGAGACAAGUACUUAUGUUUGGGAGAUAUUGUUUGCUGUUUUCAUCUCCAUCUCUGGCUUGGUCUUAUUUGCACUUCUCAUUGGCAAUAUGCAGACUUACUUGCAAUCGACCACUGUGAGAAUAGAAGAAAUGAGAGUGAAGAGGCAAGAUGCAGAGCAAUGGAUGUCACAUCGCCUGCUUCCUGAUAGCUUAAAGGACAGGAUACGUCGUUAUGAGCAGUAUAGGUGGCAAGAAACUAGAGGGGUUGAUGAAGAGAGUCUCCUCCGUAACCUGCCCAAAGACAUUAGAAGGGACAUAAAACGCCACCUUUGUCUUGCACUACUAAUGAGGGUUCCAUUGUUUGAAAAGAUGGACGAUCAGCUUAUGGACGCCUUAUGUGACCGUCUAAAACCCGUUCUCUACACAGAAGAAAGUUGUAUCAUUCGUGAAGGAGACCCUGUGGAUGAAAUGCUCUUCAUCAUGCGAGGAAAACUGGUGAGCGUCACCACAAAUGGUGGCAGAACAGGAUUCUUCAACUCUGAAUACCUCAAGGCAGGAGAUUUCUGCGGAGAAGAGCUCCUCACCUGGGCUCUUGACCCCCACAACUCCUCUAGCCUUCCAUCCUCAACUAGAACAGUUAAGACUCUCACAGAGGUCGAAGCUUUCGCUCUUAUGGCAGAUGACCUCAAAUUCGUUGCCUCCCAGUUCCGAAGACUCCAUAGCAAGCAGCUUCGACACACUUUCAGGUUCUAUUCACAGCAGUGGAGAACCUGGGCUGCUUGUUUCAUUCAAGCAGCUUGGCGCCGAUAUUCAAGAAAGAAGCUUGAAGAGUCCCUGAGAGAAGAAGAAAAUCGCUUGCAAGCAGCGCUAGUGAAAGAAAAUGGAAGUUCGCCAAGUCUCGGUGCUACUAUUUAUGCUUCAAGGUUUGCUCUAAAUGCUUUGAGGAUGUUGCGAAGGAAUGGAACGAGAAAGGCUAGAUUGCAGGAGAGGUUGCCUGUGAUGUUGUUGCAGAAGCCUUCAGAACCUGAUUUCACUGCUGAAGAGCAUUAGCUGGUUGAUGUUAAGGGAUGUAAUAAGAUUUGUGUUGUAGUGUAGUUGGCCAUAUUGGAAUCUAAUUAUGGUUUCUAUAAUUUUGGUUUGUUGUAUUAUAAGUUUUUAAGACACUGCGGCCGUUUGUUGUAACUGUGGUCAUAAUUAAUUAAGUGGUGGCAGUGGUUUUUUUUUAAUGUAGUUGAAAAUAUUUGGUUAGAGUGGUGUUUGUAAAUUGUGAUUUCAAAGAACGACAAGGUAGAGCUGAUUGUCA